GCCUAAACCGUUGAACACUGUGACGUACGCAACGACUACAAGGAGAUUCCAUCAAGCUCAACAGCGUCGACAGCGACACCUAAUUGCCCUAUCGGAGCAGGUUCGGAAGCGAAAUCAAAACGUCGCCGAGAUGUCCAUCAUCCAACAACACACGUCCUCUUCGCUCAGCGAUGCGUGGCGCACCAUCAACAUCGACGCCCUCCAGGAGGACUCGAGCGUCAACUUCGACACCUCGACCCUCCACCCCCCGCAGCCCGAAGUCAGCGACUCCGAGGUCCGGCAGCUGGCCGGCCAGGUCCGGCAGCUAUUGAGAGGCGGCGACACCGAGGGCGCCUUGCGCGGCGCCUUGGAGUUCCCCGUCUACAACGGGCCCGAUCUCGCAAAGGAAGCCCACCUCCAGACCGUCAUCGAGGUCCUCCAGUCGAUUAAAGCGAGUGACAUGACGCCCAUGCUACAGAGAAUCUACAGCUCCCCCGGCGGAAGCGAAUGCUUGGACGUCCUGAUGAAAUACUUGUACAAGGGCAUGGCAUCUACAUCCUCCUCCGGGAGCACUCCGCGGACACCUACCCGGGUUACCCCGCAGCAGACCGGCUUCAGCCAAGCAGGAGGGCGGCCAGGGGGCGCGAGCGAGUCCACCGGUACGGCGAUGAGCGUCUUGCUGAGUUGGCACGAGAAGGUGGUUGAGGUCGCAGGGUUGGGCUGCAUAGGCCGGACAAUGACGGAUUGGAGGCGAGUAUGAACCAAGGAGGGCGAGCAGGGUUGGCCGGAGGAACACCAUGGUAUGAAUGCGCGGGAUAUUCAUAGACGAGGGGCGUCGUUUGGGUUGCCGGUAGCUCGUGACGCUUCUUCCCCAGGCGGUGACACUCAGGGUGUGAAUAAAAAGCCCAUGGCAAUGACCUAUACGAGCAAUACAAGCCGACGAUUCUAAGCAUCUGUCGUUGGUAAACCUCCAUCAUACAUGUCUAUCAUCUAUCUGAACCUCCCGAUCGGGCGGGUGUCGAGAAAUAAUGUACAUUUCAUUCAUCGCCUCCACGAUAGGCAUUUGCCAAAGAUGAUCCAACUCGGCGAGC